GCUUGACCUUUGACCUUUACAAAAGCCUAAAAGCUUUGCAACACGUGUGUGGUCUAGCCGGCUCUAUCAAAGAAGCUUCAGUUCUCUCUCUAUUUCCACUCCAAAGAUUCAACCAGUGCUCUAAAAGAGAGGAUGUCUGGUGCUGCUUUACUGGCUCGUCUCGCAGUGAGGCGAGGGUUAUCCUCGGCCAUUGCUGUACGACCUCUAUCCACUAGGCUAUCAGCAUACACACCUCGACUAGCCCCUACUUCCGUUUCGGCUGGGAAGCUACGAGAGUGUGAGGGUGUGAAUGUGUGGGCGGGUAUGAGAGGUCUCUCCACCACCAGUGCUGUGAGGAGUGAGGCUAGUGGAGGGGGCGUUGUGCCUAAGCUGAAGAUAGCCAUCAUUGGACAAUCUAUGUUUGGAAAAGACGUGUACAACUUGCUCCGAGCCCAGGGGCACAAUGUGGUGGGUGUGUUCACAGUGCCUGAUGUCAACGGGAGGGCAGACCCUCUUGCUGACGCUGCAGAAAAUGACGGAGUCCCAGUGUUCAAGUACAAGCGAUGGAGAAACAAGGGAAAGGUUAUCCCAGAGAUCCUACGUGAGUACCAGAGUGUGGGGGCGGACCUGAACGUGAUGCCAUUCUGCACUCAGUUCAUUCCGAUGGACGUCAUCGACUCUCCCACGAAUGGCUCCAUCAUAUACCAUCCCUCCAUACUCCCCAAGCACAGGGGGGCCUCCGCUAUCAACUGGACUCUGAUGGAGGGAGACCGCAAGGCUGGGUUCAGUGUGUUCUGGGCUGAUGACGGCCUGGACACUGGACCACUACUACUGCAGAGGGAAGCAGACGUGGACAUUAAUGACACUGUCGACUCUGUCUACUCACGCUUCCUCUACCCUGAGGGCGUGAGGGCUAUGGGUGAUGCGGUUGGUCUGAUCCAGGAGGGGAAAGCCCCCCGGAUGGUCCAAUGGGAGGGCGGGGCGACCUAUGACCCCAUCUGGCAAAAGAAGGAAGUAGCCGAGAUCAAAUGGGCCCAACCUGCUCUGGCCCUCCAUAACUUCAUUAGAGGUAGUGACAAGCUGCCGGGAGCAUGGUCCAAGAUAGAUGGGAAGGUGGUGUCUUUCUUUGGUUGUCAGUUUGUUGAUGAUCGCCUCCCAGUGGUGGGACGUGAGGUGACGGUGGAGGGACUCACUAGACCAGCUGUCGUCAACAACAAAGGCAUGUAUCUCUAUGGCAGCGACGGAAAGAAGGUGCUGGUUACACAGCUGCAGAUGGACGAUGGGCCAGUGUUCCCGGCCUCCAAGUGGGGCACUGAGAUGAGACUAGAGAAGUUGGAGCUCUCUACAGAAGAGGAGGCCAUGAGGGAGAGCAUACAGGUCGUGUGGAGCAGCAUUCUCUCUGGUAUGGUGAUUGAAGACCAUACUGACUUCUUCAAAAGUGGAGCGGGGUCUAUGGAUGUUACCAGGCUAGUGGAGGAGGUGCGUGAGAGGGCAGGUGUGUCCCUGGAGAAUGAUGAUGUGUACAUGAACACCACCUUCGAGAGCUUCAUCAAUACAGUGGUGCUCAAGAGCCGAGGGGGAGAGGAGGUGGAGCUAGAGUACGAUGCCGCAAUCGUCAAAUCUAACAACAUGGAGAUCAAGUUCCCUUAUCAGUGCUUCAUCAAUAACGAAUUUUCUGACACAGUUGAAGGCAAUACCUUCACAACAAUCAACCCGACAACGGAGGAACCCAUAGCAAUCAUUGCCGCCGCGGGUGUGGAUGAGGUGGAGAGAGCUGUGGCCGCUGCUAAAGAGGCCUUUGAGAACGGACCCUGGGGGACAAUGAAUGCACGGGACAGGGGCAGGCUCAUCACCAGACUAGCGGACCUGAUGGACGCCCACAAGGAGGAGCUGGCCACUCUAGAGAGCAUAGACUCGGGGGCGGUGUACACGCUGGCACUCAAGACUCACGUUGGUUUCUCCAUCGACACAUUCCGUUACUUUGGGGGGUGGUGUGAUAAGAUCCACGGCUCCACCAUUCCCAUCAACAAUGCUCGACCCAACUCCAACCUCUGCUUCACCAGGAAGGAGCCACUCGGAGUGUGCGGUCUGGUGGUCCCCUGGAAUUACCCUCUUAUGAUGCUGGCAUGGAAAAUGGCCGCCUGUCUAGCUGCCGGAAACACCAUGGUCCUGAAACCAGCUGAGGUAACUCCACUGACGGCACUCAAGUUUGCCGAGCUUGUGGUAAGGGCAGGCAUCCCUCCAGGUGUCAUCAACAUCCUGCCUGGAAAAGGUCGUAUAGUGGGACAGGCCCUGACUGACCACAUGGACGUUUCCAAGAUAGGGUUCACGGGGUCAACGGGUGUGGGCCAGACCAUCAUGAAGAGUGCGGCUAUGAGCAACGUCAAGAAGGUGUCCCUAGAGCUCGGAGGGAAAUCCCCUCUCAUUAUCUACGGGGACUGUGACAUGGACAAGGCUGUCAGACUGGGUGCCCAAUCAGUGUUCUUCAACAAAGGAGAGAACUGUAUUGCAGCAGGUCGUCUGUUUGUCGAACGCUACGCCCAUCAGGAGUUUCUAGAGCGGAUGGUGGAGGAGGUGGCCAAGAUGAAGGUGGGGGAUCCUCUCGACCGAUCGGUGUCUCACGGUCCACAGAACCACAAGGCCCAUCUCGACAAGUUGUUGGAGUACUGUCAGAUUGGUGUGGACGAGGGAGCCACUCUCGUGUACGGAGGAAAGAGGGUCGACAGGACUGGGUUUUUCAUGGAGCCUACCAUUUUCACUAAUGUCGAGGAUCACAUGACCAUUGCCAGCGAGGAAUCCUUUGGACCCGUCAUGAUCAUCUCAAUCUUUGAAAACGGAGACACUGAUGGUGUCCUGCGUCGAGCCAAUGCCUCAGAGUAUGGACUGGCCUCAGGAGUCUUCACCAAGGACAUCAACAAAGCACUGUAUGUGAGUGAGCAUUUGGAUGCUGGUACUGUCUUUGUGAACACCUACAAUAAGACGGACGUGGCUGCUCCAUUCGGAGGAUUCAAACAGUCUGGCUUUGGAAAGGACCUCGGUGAGGAGGCUUUGAGGGAGUACCUGAGGACAAAGGUCGUCACUGUAGAGUACUAACUUUCCAAUCGAGAACUUUAUAGUAAUUUUCAAUUGCCUGUUGUUUGUCACAUUCAGUUCUAUUUGUGGAGAUUACAGUUGUAUAGCAAUGUGCUCUGGUAGUUAGUUUGAUUGAACCCGUUAUAAUUAUAUCUACUGCCUUAUUUAUAUAUACACGCUUAUCGGACAAUAAUAAUGAUACCAAAUAAUGGUUCCUGAA